GGGAGAAUGGCAGUUGCGGCGCUGGUUCCCGGGAACAGCAGUCAAGACAGAACUGCGGAGGAGGAGUCCGGGAAAGCGGCAGUCUGGACCCCUCCUCUCCGUUCCCCCCGCCCCAGCACAGAGGCGCCUUGGCGGGUCUGAGGAACCCUCCUCCGUACUUCCUUUGGCUGCUGCCGCCGCCAGGAGAUGGGCCUGCUCGCCCGCAGCCCUGCGCCCGGCGUCUCCCUGAGGAGUUGAAGAACAUCUGUGAUAAGUCUACCAUAAAUUGAACUCCUUCAAGAAUUCUCUGAAGGAACCAAAUAGGAUUUUCUUACAUCAUGACUUAAUCUGAAUGCAAGAACAAGAAACAGGUUUUAUCUCUAAAUAUAAUGAAGGGCUGUGUGUAAACACAGACCCUGACUCAAUUCUAAUGAGCAUUUUAGACAUGAGUUUACAUCGGCAAAUGGGUUCAGAUCGAGAUCUUCAGUCUUCUGCUUCAUCUGUGAGCUUGCCUUCAGUCAAAAAGGCACCCAAAAAAAGAAGAAUUUCAAUAGGCUCUCUGUUUCGGAGGAAAAAGGAUAACAAACGUAAAUCAAGGGAGCUAAAUGGCGGGGUGGAUGGAAUUGCGAGUAUUGAAAGUAUACAUUCCGAAAUAUGUACUGAUAAGAACUCCAUUUUCUCUACAAAUACCUCCUCUGACAAUGGAUUAACUUCUAUCAGCAAACAAGUUGGAGACUUUAUAGAGUGCCCCUUGUGCCUUUUACGGCAUUCUAAAGACAGAUUUCCUGAGAUAAUGACUUGUCAUCAUAGAUCUUGUGUGGAUUGCUUACGACAAUACCUAAGGAUAGAAAUUUCUGAAAGUAGGGUUAAUAUCAGUUGCCCAGAAUGUACUGAACGGUUUAAUCCCCACGAUAUUCGCUUGAUAUUAAGUGAUGAUGUCUUGAUGGAAAAAUAUGAAGAAUUUAUGCUUAGACGGUGGCUCGUUGCAGAUCCUGAUUGUAGGUGGUGUCCAGCUCCAGACUGUGGGUAUGCUGUGAUAGCAUUCGGAUGUGCUAGCUGUCCAAAAUUAACUUGUGGGCGAGAAGGCUGUGGAACAGAGUUUUGCUACCACUGUAAACAGAUUUGGCACCCCAAUCAGACCUGUGAUGCUGCUCGACAGGAGAGAGCCCAGAGUUUACGUCUGAGAACUAUACGUUCUUCGUCCAUUAGUUAUAGUCAAGAGUCUGGAGCAGCAGCUGAUGAUAUAAAACCAUGUCCACGGUGUGCUGCUUAUAUAAUAAAGAUGAAUGAUGGGAGUUGUAAUCACAUGACAUGUGCUGUCUGUGGUUGUGAGUUUUGUUGGUUGUGUAUGAAAGAAAUCUCGGAUUUACAUUAUCUAAGUCCAUCAGGAUGUACUUUUUGGGGGAAGAAACCCUGGAGCCGAAAGAAGAAAAUAUUGUGGCAGCUGGGAACACUUGUUGGUGCUCCCGUAGGAAUUGCUUUAAUAGCUGGCAUUGCUAUCCCUGCCAUGAUUAUUGGCAUUCCUGUAUAUGUGGGCCGUAAGAUUCACAAUCGAUAUGAAGGCAAGGAUGUUUCAAAGCACAAACGGAAUUUGGCCAUAGCAGGUGGUGUAACAUUGUCUGUAAUCGUAUCUCCAGUUGUAGCUGCAGUAACUGUAGGUAUUGGUGUUCCUAUUAUGUUAGCUUAUGUCUAUGGUGUUGUUCCGAUUUCUCUCUGUCGAAGCGGAGGUUGUGGGGUCUCAGCAGGCAAUGGAAAAGGAGUCAGGAUUGAAUUUGAUGAUGAAAAUGAUAUAAAUGUUGGUGGGACAAACACAGCUGUAGACACAACUUCAGUAGCAGAAGCAAGACACAACCCUAGCAUAGGGGAGGGAAGUGUUGGUGGUUUGACCGGCAGUUUGAGUGCAAGUGGAAGCCACAUGGAUCGAAUAGGAGCCAUCCGGGACAACCUGAGUGAAACGGCCAGCACCAUGGCGCUCGCUGGAGCCAGUAUCACAGGGAGUCUGUCAGGAAGUGCCAUGGUAAACUGUUUUCACAGGUUGGAAGUACAAGCAGAUGUACAGAAAGAACGGUACAGCCUAAGUGGAGAAUCUGGCACAGUCAGUUUGGGAACAGUUAGUGAUAAUGCCAGCACCAAGGCAAUGGCAGGAUCCAUUCUGAAUUCCUACAUCCCAUUGGACAAAGAAGGCAACAGUAUGGAGGUUCAGGUAGAUAUCGAGUCAAAGCCAUCCAAAUUCAGGCACAACAGUGGAAGCAGCAGUGUGGAGGAUGGCAGUGCCACCCGAAGUCAUCCUGGGGGUUCAUCCAGUGGCUUGCCUGAAGGUAAAUCCAGUGCCACCAAGUGGUCCAAAGAAGCAGCAGCAGGAAAGAAAUCAAAAAGUGGUAAAUUGAGGAAAAAGAGUAACAUGAAGAUAAAUGAGACCAGAGAGGACAUGGAUGCACAGUUGUUAGAACAGCAGAGUACGAACUCAAGUGAAUUCGAGGCACCAUCCCUCAGUGACAGUAUGCCUUCUGUAGCAGAUUCCCACUCUAGUCAUUUUUCUGAAUUUAGUUGUUCUGACCUAGAAAGCAUGAAAACUUCUUGUAGUCAUGGUUCCACUGAUUAUCACACCCGCUUUGCUACUGUUAACAUUCUUCCUGAGGUAGAAAACGACCGUCUGGAAAAUUCCCCCCAUCAGUGUAGCAUUUCUGUGCUUACUAAAACUGCUUCAUGUUCAGAAGUUCCACAGUUGAAUCAUAUUGCUGAAGAACAUGGCAACAGUGGUAUAAAAACCAAUAUUGAUUUAUAUUUUGGCAGUGCACUAAAAGAAGCAAAUAACAACCACUCACAUCAGACAGUGGAAUUAAAAGUUGCAAUUCAGACUGAUAUAUAGACCUACAAAUGCUGCAAAAUAAUUACCACUUGAAAAACAUUGUUUGGAGCUGGUUGAACUGCACGUGACUAUUUUAAGUUUCAAGUUGCCAGCAAACGCUGGGUUGCAUCAUCAUAAUGCAGAUACAUUUUCUGUGUUCAACAAAGCAUUGUGUUUCAUGUGGAUCUUAAUUACCAAACUAUGAAAUGAAGGCUUUAAAAGUGCAUUAUUGUAAGGACAGUAAUUCUUAAGAGAAUUAUGUUUUGUGUGUUUGCCACAAAACAUUGCUUGAAGCACAUACUUGUGUAUUUAGAUAGAAAUUUGGCUUAAUUUAUAAUCAAUAUAAAAUACUAAUGCAGUUCUACAGCAUUCUUAUGAAGAGAACUUGAGGCUUAGGGCUAAGUGGUUAGUGACAUUUUAUUGAAACCACUAAAAGAUACUGUUUAAAGAACCUUGCAGGUUACUCGCAGUAUAUGAUACACUUUGUAACAUUUAUGUUCAUAACUGGGCAUAAAUUUCAUUUUUUUCUUCAUAUGCAGUGUGGAUAUAUACAGCUUAAUGCAGCCCAUUUGCUACCAUUUGGAUACUUAGACACUUUGAGCAAGAUUGUGGCAGUUUUUGCACAACUUUGAAAUAGAAACACCUGGUACCCUAUAUAUCUUGUAUACUGUUGCCAUCUUAGAAGAAAAGUGUAAAAGUAGGUAAUUAAGUAUACUGACAGCACCAAAUAAAAUAUAUAAAACUGCAAAAUAAAAUUCCAUUAGUUUAUAAGUAUUACAAAAAAGUCACCUUUCAUUAAGGGGAAGUUUGCACCCCACUGAUUCUUGGUGCCUUCAGAAUAGAGUAGAUUUUAAGGGCCUACUUGUUUGAGGGUUUUGCUGUAUUGUUUUCCAUAAUGUCCUCUCUAGCCACCUUGGAUUAUGUAGAAAAAUACAGGGUAGAGAAACAUAAAUAUGAUUAACAGUAACAAUGCUGAAAAAGUAUUAGCCUACCAAAGACACACUCAGGCUUUAGUGAAUAACUUUACAUAACCUCAGUUUUUAGCACAUGUAUAUCUUCUCCAAUCAUGAAAUCAAAGCACGGUGCAGAGUUUGUACCAAGUACUAAGGAGGGGUCUGUAUAUGGCUGGCUUUAUUUUCCUUUGCUUUUGUUUAUGGAAGAUGUUCAGCUGACAUAAACAGAAGUUGGCCAAAAUAUUGCCUAUACUGUUAACUUCCAGUAUAAUUCACUUAAAUAAAACAGGCUAACCUCAGUUAAAAUAUUCCAUCUUAUGUGUUUCUUUUAAGUAUUACCAUUAUGGUGCUACAGAGCUUUUUCUUUUGAUAAAAAGAAAAAUGCCAUGGGCUGCAGUCUUCUUUCAUCAUUUUUCUCACCAGGCCCAUUAAUAUGCUUAUAACACUAGUGCCAGUUAUUUUAUUUUAUAAUGCUUAUUAUGGUAUUUGUAUAUUUGUCUGCAUUCCAAUUUUGUUCAAUAGUGAGUGUGUAAACUGCAUACAUGAAAUAAAUGUAAAUACUAAUGUAUCGCUGCCUAUGGUUUGUGCACUGACAUUUUUAUAAGAACAGGAAUAUUCAUUUGCCAUGUGGCAAAUUCGUAAAUAUUGCAAGCCACUGAGAGGAUUCUGCAUUCUAGUCUCAGCCUAGAGGGAAGCAUCUGCUGAACUUCUCAACAAACAGUAUUAGAAACUAUCCUUUCUUCAUGUCGAAUACCUGCCUUUCCUCCAGAAAGAAGCUGCUUUAUUCAUCAACAUAAAUUCAUUUCUUUAAAGUAUGUUGGUUGAAAAGUAAAUAGAGCUGUCAUUAAAUUGUGAAGAGAUAAGCAUUAUAAAUCCUCAUCUUAAAAGAAAAGUAGGGUUUCCCUGGUGGUGCAGUGGUUAAGAAUUUGCCUGCCAAUGCAGGGGACACGGGUUUGAGCCUGGUCCAGGAAGAUCCCACAUGCCGCGGAGCACCUAAGCCCGUGCACCACAACUACUGAGCCUGCACUCUAGAGCCCGUGAGCUACAACUGCUGAGCCCGUGUGCCACAACUACUGAGCCCGUGCACCUAGAGCCUAUGCUCUGCAACAAGAGAAGCCACUGCAAUGAGAGGCCCAUGCACCACAACGAAGAGUAGCCCCCGCUCGCCGCAACUAGAGAAAGCCCGUGUGCAGCAACGAAGACCCAAUGCAGCCAAAAAUAAAUAAAUUUGUAAAAUAAAAACAAAGAUUAAAAAAAAAGAAGAAAAGUAAAAAGGUCUUAAAAGACUUUUAAGAGAUUCUACUCUGGCAACAUUAGAUUAUGAAACUAGAGCCAUUUAAAUUCAAGCUAAUAAUUGUAAUGAAACGCUUUCUAUUCUCAUAGCCUCUAUAAAAUACAUAGAUGGUUUUUCUGUUUUCCUGUUACAUAGUUAAUACUUCAUGAAAAUAAUAUAUAUGAAUAUGUUGACUGCCUGCUUGACAUUUCUGUAAAAAAGCUAAAGAGUAAAUGGAAAGCUAAAUGAUCUUAGGAGGAAUACAGCAAAGGCGGUGCUGAGUUAGGAGGCCUGUGCAGUCGGUGCACCCCAUCCCUCUCCUGGUUGUACCCCAACCAGUACUGCCUCAGUCUCACUUUAAAAAUGACCUAAUCCUUUCAACUGACUUAAGAAGUUCCUUCAAACCUGGAUUAAUUAAGGACCAAACCAGAUUCCUCUGGAGCUCAACCUUGGGCUAUCAUAGCAUAAGAGAACACUCCACAGUUCAAGACAGGCCUUAACACAUCAAAAUCUUUUAAAAGCCCUUUACACUUUGCUUUCUUUAAGGGGAAAAUCGCAUAGUGGUGAGAGAAAGAAUACACAGAUAGUGAUCAUAUACUCUACUGUUUAUUGUGUGGGCUACCAGUUUAACUGAAUUCUCUUAAAUGUACAAAUUUCCAGCUUCAGAGCACUGAGUUAGUAAGCUUUUUAUGUUAAAUUUAUACAAUUCAUCUUAUUUUCACCAGAAAUUGGGUUAAUUUGUAAAUACGUAAGAUUUUCCAUAGUAUAUUGUCUAGUUAGAUACAAAUUUUGGAGAACUUCCCCAUGAUGAUGGAGAAGGAAGACUAAACUCACCUCCUCCCACGGGCACACCAAAAUUACAAUGAUUUACAGAGUAAUUAUCUAUGAAAAUGACCCGAAGACUAGCAGAUAAGAUUUUCCACAGCUAAAGAUAUAAAGAAGGGGCCACAACAGAUGCGUAGAAGGCGUGGAGACUCGGUAUAGUCAGGACUCACACCCCCAGGUCAGUGACCCACAAAUGGGAGGAAUAUCACAAGCACAGAGGUCCUCCCCAAGGAAUGAGGGGUCUGAGCCCCAUGUUGGGCUCCUAGCCCAGGAGUUCUAUGUCAAAAGAUGAGCCCCCAGGACAUCUGGUUUUGAAAAUAGGGCUUUUUAAAAACAUGCUGAUUCUAAAAAGCAGAGCUUAUGUUUGAGAGCUGGAGGGCUGUAGGAUAGAGAGACUCUGCUCUUAGAGGGCACAUGCAAAGUCUCACGUGCUCAGAGUCCCAAUGCAGAGGGAGAAAUUCGAAAGGAGCCCAGGUACUAGACCCAUGCGCUUUUGCACAGCAAAGGAAACCAUCUAUCAAGUGAAAAGGCAGCCUACUGAGUGGAAGGAGAUGUUUGCAAAUGAUAUGUGUGAUAAGAGGUUAAUAUCCAAAAUAUAUAAAGAACUCAUACAACUGAAUAUCAAAAAAAAUUCCGUUAAAAAAAUGGACAGAGGACCUGAAGAGACAUUUUUCCAGAAAAGACAUACAGAUGGCCAACAGGCACAUGAAAAGAUGCUCAACAUCACUAUCAUUAGGGAAAUGCAAAUCAAAACCACAGUGAGAUAGCCCCUCACAUCUGUCACAAUGACUGUAAUCAAAAAGACAACAAAAACAAAUAACAAGUAUUGGCGAGGAUGUGGAGAAAAGGGGACCAUCCUGCGCUGUUGGUAGGAAUGUAAAUUGGUACGGCCACCAUGGAGAACAGUAUGGAGGCCCCUCAAGAAACUGAAAGUGGAAUUACCAAAUGAUCCAGCAAUUACAGUUCUGGGUAUUUUUCUGAAGAACCAAAAACACUAAUUUGAAAAGAUAUAUGCACCGCUAUGUUCAUAGCAGCAUUAUUUACAAUAGGCAAGAUAUGGAAGCAAUCUAAGUGCCCAUCAGUAGGUGAAUGGAUAGAGAAGGUGUGUGUGUGUAUGUGUGUAUAUACACACAUACACACACACACAUACACAUAGUGUUGGCCAAAAGUUCAGGUUUUUCCAUGUGAAUAUAAGCCAUAAAGAAGAAUGAAAUUGUGCCAUUUGCAGCAACAUGGAUGGAUGUAUAGGGCAUUAUGCUAAGUGAGGUAAGUCAAAGACAGAUAUCAUAUGAUCUCACUUAUAUGUGGGAUCUAAAAAAGCAAAAUGAAAACAGACUCAGAUAAAGAGAACAAAUGGGUGGUUGCCAGAUUCAGGGGAAGGAGGGUGCUUUGGGCAAAGUAAGUGAUGAGGGUUAAAAGAUACAAACUUCCAGUUAUAAAAUAAAUGAGCCCCAGGGAUGUAAUAUACAUCAAAAAGAAUAUGGUCAAUAAUAUUGUAAUAACUUUGGAGACAGAUGGUUACUAGAUUUAUCAUAAUGAUCAUUUUGUAUGUAAAUGUCAAAUCACUAUGUAGUACACCUUAAACUAACAUAAUAUUGUAUGUCAACUAUAUUUCAAUUAAAAAUAAA